GUGGGUGAGGCUCCUGCCUCGAUAUAUGAGGCCGUCGGGGGUGGACUCUGGGAAGCUCAUCUUCAGUCCCGACAUCCAUCAUGAAGCUCGCUACAGCUUGCCUGGCAUUCAGCCUAGUCCUGCUCAGUCACUCUGCUGUGGCUUUCUUCGUGAACAGUGUGGCUAAGCCUGUGGCCCAACCUGCAUCUGCUCUGGAUUCUGCCGUGGAAGCUGGGGCCGUGGAAGCUGCUGCUGGGGCUGUAGAGGCUGGUGCUGGGGCUGUGGAGGCUGGGGUUGGGGCCCUGGCCAGCCCAUUGUUCAGCCGCUUCAGCCUCCUGAAAUUCAUACUGGCAAGCCUGGGCAUCCCUGUGGGGCACCUCAUCGAGGGCUCCCGCAAGUGUGUGACUGAGUUGGGCCCAGAAGCUGUGGGCGCCGUGAAGUCCCUACUGGGGGCCCUGACUUUCUAUGGAUGAAUUGAAGCUGGAGUAGCUCCCAGAGAACAAGGUGCUGCCAACCCUGAGAUGGAAUUCCUGCUGCCCAGUCCACAACAGCCACACCUCCCCUAUCUCCCUUAAU